UGCAAGUCUGGCAACGCUCAGUGACUAAACAAAACCAAGGCAGACCAGACACGUCAGAAUACAUUUAAUUUUUACAGAAUUUAUUUACACAACUGGCUUAUUGUCAUUAUAAAUCAAUUUAAAGUGAGCAUUCGUUACACGUACAGCAAUGAAGUUUAGGUUGGCGAAUGUCGUGCUGGCGUUUGCCUUGGUUGUGGAACUGGUUGUAGCUUUGCCUGUGACGCACAACAAAAAGGAGGAAAAGGACAAGGAGCAAAGCAGCACUCCUGCUCCGGCGGAUGUGGAGACAGCUUUGGAGUAUGAGCGCUACUUGCGAGAGGUUGUUGAGGCGCUUGAAACCGAUCCCGAGUUUCGCAAGAAGCUCGACAAAGCCCCCGAGGCAGACAUACGUAGUGGAAAAAUCGCCCAAGAGCUGGACUAUGUGAAUCAUCAUGUGCGCACGAAACUGGACGAGAUAAAGCGACGCGAAUUGGAGCGAUUGCGCGAAUUGGCCAAUAAGGCCUUCGACCUGAGCAAUAACAUUGAUCGCGACCAUUUGAAAGUACCACAACAUUUGGACCAUGGCAAUGAGCACACUUUCGAAAUUGAAGAUUUGCGCAAGCUUAUUCAAAAAACGUCCGAUGAUCUGGCUGAAGCAGAUCGCAAGAGACGUGGCGAAUUCAAAGAGUACGAAAUGCAAAAGGAAUUUGAGCGCGAGGCUCAAAAGAAGGAAAUGGAUGAAGAGUCGCGCAAGAGAUUCGAGGCCGAGCUGAAGGAGAAGGAGGAAAAGCAUAAGAAGCAUGAGAAAGUCCAUCAUCCGGGUAAUAAGGCGCAGCUAGAGGAGGUCUGGGAGAAACAGGAUCACAUGGAAAAGGACGAUUUCAAUCCGAAAACUUUCUUCUCCAUUCAUGACGUGGACAGCAACGGUUACUGGGAUGAGGCUGAAGUCAAGGCACUGUUUGUCAAGGAACUGGACAAGGUCUACCAAAGCAAUCUGCCCGAGGAUGAUAUGCGCGAACGUGCCGAAGAAAUGGAACGUAUGCGUGAGCAUUAUUUCCAGGAAACCGACACCAAUCACGAUGGCCUCAUCAGUAUAGAAGAGUUCUUGCAGCAAACAGCCAAGGAGGAGUUCCAAAAGGAUCCCGAAUGGGAAACUAUCGAUCAACAACAGCAAUACACGCAUGAGGAAUAUCUCGAGUUUGAGCGACGUCGGCAAGAGGAAGUGCAGCGCAUGAUUGCUCAGGGACAACUGCCUCCACAUCCCAAUAUGCCUCAAGGCUACUACGCAGCACCACCACCAGGUGGCGUGGCAUACCAGCAACCACCACCCCCAGGUGCACAGCUGCACUACCAGCAGCCGGAUCAAUUGCACAUGCAGCAACAGCAACAGUAUGCUCAUCAGCAGCAGCAAUACGCACAACAUCAGCAACAAUAUGCUCAACAACAAUAUCAACAGCAGCAAUAUGGACAGCCCCAACACGUGCAAUUGAAUCCUAAUCAGGUUUAUCAGCAUGCCGGACAGAUACCCGCACAACAACAACAACAGCCUGUCUAUCAGCAACCCAUUCAACAACAGCAACCUGUGCAGCAACAACAACAACCUGUGCAGCAACAACAACAACCUGUGCAGCAACAACAACAACCUGUGCAGCAGCAACAACAACAGCCUGUGCAGCAACAACAACAACAACCUGUGCAGCAGCAACAACCUGUGCAGCAGCAACAACCUGUGCAGCAGCAACAACCUGUGCAACAACAACCACAGGUCAACAACCAAUCUCCACCACCUGCACAAAACCAACAGCUGCCCGUACAACAACAACAACAGCAACAACAACAACCUGUGGCGCCACAGCAAGCUCAACAACAACAACAGCAGAAACACUAAACGGAACAUUCCUUCACUGUCGCAUUUUGUGCUAACAUAACUAACUAUCUAAAUUCUCGUCGACUGAAAUA